AUGGGGCGUACCAUAAUCAUACCGCAAUGCUGUAUCUACCAUUUCAUUUGUGACUUAAAGUCUUGAAUCAUCCCAAAGCCCCCAAAAAGUUAUCCCAACCAAAAGUCCAUUCAGAUAUCGGAAUCUAAGAUCUACCAAACCUUGUUUAGUCAGAAUCUAAAAUUCUCCGAAACCUAUUUCUCCCAAUACUCGUAUAAUCCGAAUCUCCAUCUCUUUCUUCUUUCUCCAGAUUGUUUCAGUUUUCGGCUAUGGAAGCUGUUCCGGAUCAAGACACUAGUAUAUGCACUCACUGUGAUCGGGCUGUACCUGUUGCAAAUAUUGACUUGCAUUAUGCUCAUUGCUCUCGGAAACUUGAAAAAUGCAAAAUCUGUGGUGAUAUGGUUCCUAGAAAAAACCUGGAGGAUCAUUAUUUAAACACACAUGCACCGGUUUCUUGUUCAUUAUGCAGUGAGACAAUGGAGCGUGAUAUUUUAGAUAUCCAUAAAGGUGAAGAAUGCCCUCAAAGGAUUGUCACUUGUGAGUUCUGUGAGUUUCCAUUGCCAGCAAUUGAUCUGGCUGAGCAUCAGGAAGUAUGUGGGAAUCGAACAGAACUUUGUCACAUAUGUAACAAAUAUGUUAGACUUCGUGAAAGAUUCAGCCAUGAAGGUCGGUGCAAUGGCAUUAUCCAAGAUACUUCUGUGGGCUCUUCAAGGAAUGUGAGGGAAACCGAGGGAGAUCAAGGUGCUAGAAGAAGGCCGCAGAAUGACUUCUCAACUAAACGCCUUCUUUUCACUAUAGCCAUCACUGGUAUUGCUGUCAUACUGGGAUCUUUUUUUCUACAGAGGAAGGCAGAGCCCAGUGAUGUGCAUUAGCAACGAAACCAAAACCUUUUAGGAUUCUGCCUUUUCUGUACAAUUCAUUCCCCUGCAUCAGAAGCCGUCUCAUAUAUACUUUUGCUAAUGUAGUAGAAGUGAAGAACACAUCGGCAUUGUCAUUAUAGAAAAUAUAUGUAGUUACAUGCUUCUUUUGUUGACAAUAUUUCAGUAUUUCAGGAGAUUUUCUGUUCCUUUUCA